UCUUGCGACGAAAUCAUGCAGCCGCGUUCAUUCGAGCUUUGCCCGGUGAGUGCGCCACAGUGUGGGAUGGAAACAUGGCGGUCGGGAGUGUAGUGUGUCGUACCAAGGUGCAUUAUGUGGUUGAUUUAAAUCGUGUUUUCAAUUUUGCUUGCCUUCUGGGAUCUGGGAAAUUGCUUGAGAGUCAUGUUCCCUCCGGUCAUCUACAAUCCAAUUAUACCUUGUUGGGCUGCUGGGCCCGCAGGCCUCACCACUGCAGACAUAUGUCCUCCAAGGACGAUACCAAGAAGCCUCCCGCACCUGCCGUCAAGCCAUUGGAUCCAUCGGCUCUGUCGCAUCGUCUCCCAGACCCUACCACUCAUUCAGAGUUGAAGGUGGAGUACCAAGGUGGGCUUCCGCAGGUGACGGUCCCACUCCCCUCCAGAAGAGAGCUCUGCCGCUUCACCCUGCGGCCUAUCAGCAACACUGUCGGUGACUUCUUGUCCAUGCUGCGGGAAGAGGACAAAGGCAUUGACAGAGUCGCCAUUUCCACCAAAGAAGGUGUUCGAAUAGCGUCUUCCAACUCUAUAGAAUCUCUGAUGGAGGAGGAUUUCAAGCUGUUAGUCAAUGAUAGAGAAUUCCUUGUCCAAACACCACAACUUAAAGAUAAACUUAGUAAGGUCGAUGAAAGCUUUGCGGUUUCUAAGGUUAAAAGAAACUUUUGGCAAACGCUCUAUGACCAAUCAGUAAAAGUUAUUAGUGAAACUCUAUCUUCUUUUGGCUUGAAUUUCGGAACAACAAACACAAAAGCACUCACCGUGGUAAAGACCGAAGAGAAGGAGGAAAUCAAAAGGUUAUCUGAUGUCAGAUGCUUAGUUAAUCAACUUUACGAAGCAUUAAAUGUUGAAGAACACCAACUGAAGAAGGAGAGAGAGCUGUUAACGAAGCUGGAAGAUCUCAAGAUUGCCUUAGAGCCAAUGGAAAAGAAAAGGCAAGAACUGGAGAUGUUGGCCUGCCGACGCACAAAUGCUCUUACUUGGGUAGGGCUGGGGUUGAUGGGAGUACAGUUUGGCAUCCUGGCUCGGCUCACAUGGUGGGAAUACUCCUGGGACAUCAUGGAGCCUGUUACUUACUUUGUUACCUACGGCACAGCCAUGGCUGCCUAUGCUUACUAUGUACUUACCAAGCAGGAGUACAUCUUGCCAGAUGUGCGAGAUCGCCAGCACCUCAUUAUUCUUCACAAACGAGCCCGGAAGAUGGGACUUGAUUUAGAACAGUACAAUGCCUUGAAGGACGAAAUGGCCCGAACCGAACUGGACUUGAACCGCUUGCGGGAUCCGCUACAAGUCCACCUGCCGCCUCGAUACAUCUCCGCUUUGGAAACUAAAACCUCGCCACUGGAUAGGUUGAAAUCUUUAAUCAAUAAAGCAAGGAAAAAAUAACGUUUGUAGAUGACAUACCGCCAAUUAUAAUCUCGGCUCCUGCGGGUAGGGAAGAGACGACGCAAUUAUCUUGUACUCAAUAUUUUUUAGAGAAAUUCUUGAAUAAAAAGAAAUUUUAAAAGAAAUAUAUAAUUCAAUCAAAGUUAGUGUUUCCUUUAAAGAACAUUGACUUUAAUUGUAACUAUUAAAACAAAUAUCUUUAUAAUAUUUGUAGUGUAUUAGAGUAAUAGGUAUUAAAAAUAUAAAUUGGAUAUAAUAUAUCACUACUUUUAGCAUGGUUGAAAGCCAGUUAAAAAUAGAAGAAAAAAAUAGUUUUCCUGAUUUCAUGACUAAAAUUUAAAAAAAUAUUAAAUAAGAAUUCUUAGACUUAAUGAAGUUGGUUCACAAAUCAAAAGUUAAAGCAUUGUCUCUUCCUUGAGUGCAGGGUGAAUUUUUUCUAAAUAGAGAAUCAUUUUGCUAUCAAAUUUCUACUCUCCAUUGACUAUUACCAAUAUUUUGGUAGUUGGCAGUGUAAUUAUUAACUCAAGUUCUGUGAUUUUUCCAGGGAAAUAGUAAGACACAAUAUUGAUAAAUUCUUUUCUUUAUAUAUUACGAACUAUGUUUUUAUUACAGGAUAACUUUUUUAACUUCCUCCGUGGACAUUCUGUCCACAUGGUAUAGGAAUGUUUGGUUAUCAGUUAUUAUUUUAAUAAUUUUUUAAACUUCCCUAACAUCAAGUCUUGGCAUUUAUGUAUUUGAGUUCUGGUCUCAUUACCACAGCUUGUAAUUUAGCACUUUGUUUGGACAAAGAGUGUGAAGGUAUAUAUAUAAGGCUACUUCAAGCUAUCAUUUUUAUCUCUUCCAAUCUUCUUUUCACUACUAAAAUGCUUAGUGGUUUCAACCCUUUCAUGAUACAAUAUUUUGUGUUUAUAUAAACAAAUUAGUUUUUAACAUCCGUCCACUUUUAUUCCAAUUAUUGUUGUAAUGAAAUGGGAGAAUAUUUAGAGAGUUUACCAACCACAUUUUUUUAUUUUGAUAAAUCUCACCAGAAUUAUGUGUGAAUUACUACAGUUAAAGUACAUUAGCACACACAUUAAUUUUUACUUUUUUUGUCAAACUUAAAACCCUUUUAGACACAAGCAUGGAAGGGUUGAAAAAAUUCUACAUUUGCCGUACAGUUUUCUGUAAUGCAUUCUUAGAUGCCUAUUUCAAAAUAUAUACCACAUAAUGUGCAGUUAAAUUACUAAAUUAAAUUUUUCCUCUAUUAUUGCUGCUUAUGCUGACUCUACUGUACAUAACUCCAGUUCCUGAACUGCUCUCCAGUGGCUAGUGAAAGUGUGUAAAUAUAUAUAUUUUUUAGCAAACGAUUGAACGAUAUUGCGACAAAUUGAUUGAACAAGAUUUUGAUUAAUUUUUAGCAUAAAAAGAUUAGUUAUACUUAUUAAUAAAAAUUAUAAACAAUCAAAUUUUUUGCCAAGUAUAAAAGUCAUGUAUAACAAAACAUUGAAAGUAAAUUUUGCUUGUAAAUAGGUGAAUAAAUCAUAUACGUUAUCAAAUUUAACUUUACAUUUUAUCAAAAAAAGCUUAAUUUAUAAAUACUCCAAACAUAGUCAAAGAAUAAAGUCACAAUCAAUAUAAACGUUGUAGGUUAAAAAGUUUUGUAGCUUGUUAAUUAAUUCAGAAUUUUAUUAACAUUAGUUCCUGUGUCACGGUGUUGGUGGCACUCUGUAAUUAUAACAGAAAUGAAAAUACUUAUUUUAAUAUAAGAAUUAGUUGUGCCUUUUAAUAUUGUUAGACGAGUUUGGCGAAUGGGAAAUAGUUUUUAGGUUAAUCUUGAUAUUUAAUUUUGUUCUUAACUUCAGUUAUCUUGAUUUAAUCCUUAUUAUAAAAUGUAAUUUACUUCAUCUCAUUAGAAUUAGGAACCAAACCAGAGAUAUUCCACAAAAUCUGUUUAAAACAUUGUAUAGAGUAGCGCUGCGACUUGUCAAGGUUCGCUCGGCCGAAGCUGCUGGAACAGUUUUUUGCUGCAGCCAUGUUUGACUUGAAUUUAAGAACAAUCUUGUUAUUCGAUCAUUAUAAAUGGUCUAACAAGACACUUAAGGUCUAACAAGACACUUAAGAAGCAAACUAAGAAAUAUUACACUUUUUAGUAGCAGAGUUUUGCAGUAUUUUUAGUGUUAUUUUUUAUAGGCUUGUGUGUAACUUUUAACAAUAUUUCAUGCAAGUACUGAAUAGGCUUUUUCUGCUUAUAAAAUCUCCCAUACCAAAAUUUUAUUUGUUACUUUUAGUAUGUUAAAAAUAUAUAGUACAAUUUAAUUAAAAUUAAAUUGAUAGUACACUAAAAUCUCCUCGACGAUGUUGUUAUUACCAGCUAACCAUAUGGCAAUUUAGUUCACAAUAUAAAAUUAAAGCUUUCAUUUCAAUUCUAGAAAACACUCAGUUCAGAGCUUGGAAUCAGUUUUAGAUACGUUACACACUUGCUUCCAAAUUAUACAAGAAAUUUUCAGUAAUUUUACAGGAGAAAGACUGAUGAUUCUUUAUUUUUAAAGUUCAAGAGAAAAAGCGAUUAAUGUAUGGACUGUAAAUAAGAUUUUGGUUGCAACUAGUGACCAUAGUAAUAGCCGCAAUUGCUGAGUUAGCUGUGGUCUGAAGUGCUAAAAUGACAAAUGGAUUGUGAUUGCAACCACAGACCACAGUAAUAGCCGCAAUUGCUGAGUUAGCUGUGGUCUGAAGUGCUAAAAUGACAAAUGGAUUGUGAUUGCAACCACAGACCACAGUAAUAGCCGCAAUUGCUGAGUUAGCUGUGGUCUAAAGUGCUAAAAUGACAAAUGGAUUGUGAUUGCAACCACAGACCACAGUAAUAGCCGCAAUUGCUGAGUUAGCUGUGGUCUGAAGUGCUAAAAUGACAAAUGGAUUGUGAUUGCAAGUAACAAUAAUAAUAACUGCAAUUAUAGUGUUAACUAUGAUCUAAAUCACCUAUCAUCAAAGUAUUUAUAUUAUGAUUACAAAUUUUAAGUAUAAAAAUUGGAUAAAAAUUCCUAUUAAAGUUAAAAUUCCUGGUUAGCUGGACAUAACUGAAUUAUAAUAGAACUUGCUUUAUUAUACAUUAAUUUAUAUAAUUUUUAAUGUUAGAGUAAUAAAUAAGCUUUACUAUUAAAUACAUUGAGAAAAUUUAAUAAGCACAAAUUAAGCACAAUAUUAUGUAAACCUUUGUACAGAACAACGCGAUUUUAACGCAAAACUUGAAUGUGGUGUACAUUUUGCUAGGUAAAACUUUCUCGUAGCUUUACUAAAAACUAAAUCUAAUAUUUACUACAUUGAUUAUAUAUAUAUAAUAUACAAAAAUUAAUAUUUCUACUGUAAAUUAGAUUAAUGGAAGAAGUAUAUAACUGUGUCGAACGCUUAAACAAAAUGUAAAGACACCUUAGGAAUUAGUUAGCUUUGCUCAAUGCUUGUGUCACAUGUGAUGAUCUUUUGCUGCCAUUAGAAGAAGAAGAGACCACAUUCAGUUCAACUUUCAGUCAUGACGGUGUGUGUUUUUUAACUUCACAGCCAUUUACUUAACAAAAAUGUACUUAAAUAUUUGUUAGUAAUGUUGAACAAAUGCAAUGUAUCUAAUGAACAUAAAUUUGUUUUAACUAGUGUAAAAAAUCAUUUUUUAGAUUUGUUUUUAACAUUUAAGUGCAAGCAUAACAAAUUUAAUUAAGUGGUUCUCAGCAAUUUUUUUCCAAAAUUGUUUUAUAAGUUACGUUUUGCUUGGUCUCAUUAAAAACUAAUAUAUUUUAAGUGCUUUUGCCCUAAUAUGAGUAAUAAUUAAUUCUUAUCUUUUUUAUAGCAUUUAUUCUGGAUGCAUUGUUUAGGCUAAGUAUAUAAAAAUGUGCGGUCAAAUUUAGGCAACUCAAUUUUACUUGAGUAAACUCUAUUAAUUUUGAAAUGUAUAAUGUCCGGGGCACUCAUGUUAAAAUAUACACAAAAGAAAUGUACAUUUUACUCAAAAUAUAAUGAUAUAAAUUUAGUUGUAAUGAAAUGUAUAAUUUGUAGUUCAUUGAAACACAUCAGAUGGCUUGUAACCAUCUUGAUUGUUUCCAUUGACAACUAUUCUGUUCAUAUUGUUAUUGUUGGUGUUAUAGUAUCCUCAAGUUUAUGUUGGAUCUGUUCUAAUGUUAUUUAUACACAUAUGAUAAUUUAAUCUACUAAUAUUUAGAAUGGCAUUAGUAUAGAAUUAACUUAUGGUCUUCUGAACAAAAUGUUUAAAAUGGAUAUGACGACAGUAGUUAGAAUGUAUUAGAUGUUUUUGGACUUUUAUACAAAUAUAUGUUUUUAAAAGUUAUACAUGGCUGUAAAUGAUUCAAGUUCUUUGCCUCCUAUGUGUAUUAGUUUGGUGACAAUUUAAUUUAAAAAAAUUUCUAUUUGUUAAAUUUAGUUGAUUUUAUCAUGUGAAAAAACCAAAUCAAAUCUUCCUACUUCAUCCUAUUGCAUUUCAUGUUAAUAUAAGCGGAUACUAUUGCACACAGCGGAAUUUGAAAAUACACUUUGAACUAUAGAAUUUAGGCUUUUCAAUGUAGCACUUUUGAAACAUUUCAAGUAUUUACCCAGCUUAGAAGGCGACAACUGUACAUACGGAUAUCAAUUGUUAUUGUUAUAUAUACAUAAUGUGGCACAUUUUGGGCGGUUUGUGGGGUUUUUAAAGCUUUACCUAGGCUUAGAGUGCACAAUCAAUUUUAUAAUUUUAAAAUUUAUCAAAUAUGUGAUGAAUUUAUUAAUUAUAAGAAUGUUGUUAUUGUUGGUAUUGUUAUGGAUAAGAUUUGAUUAUUGAGAAAUGAUUUGUUUAUUUGUAUAGGAGAGAUUUUGAUUUAAUUUUUAUUUCUUUAGUUAAAGCAAACAACAAACAAGUUAUUACUAGCAUUAUAAACGAUUUUACUAAUGAUUAUAAGAAACAAUUUUCUAAAGUUUAAAUCCAUUAACUAAUACAUUUAACUGAGAAUGACUUUCCUGUUAUUGCAUAUUGAAAUGUUCAAAUAAAAAUGUAUAUCCAGAAA